CGACACGCACUUUCCCUUGAUAAGACUCAACAACGGUGUGGUGUGUCAUCAUCUCUUAACUUCAACGUUUUCUUCUUCCCGUUUUCUGGUAUUUUAUCGAAUACUUUCUGGUUGAAGCUUUGAGUAUUAAUAGACCAUCGUCAGCAAAUGGGAUCUGAAGGUCCUUCAGCGGCUGUAACGACAGUUUAUAUAACAGGUUUCAAGAAAUUCCAUGGAGUUUCAGAGAAUCCAACGGAGACAAUUGUGAAUAAUUUGGUGGAGUAUGUGAAAACGAAGGGUUUGCCGAAAGGUUUAGUUAUUGGAAGCUGCAGCAUUCUUGAUACUGCUGGACAAGGAGGCCUUAUUCCCUUGUACCAGACAUUGCAAACUGCCAUUACAGCCAAGGAUUCGGAAUCUUCAAGUUCCAAUAAAAUUAUUUGGCUGCAUUUUGGGGUUAACAGCGGUGCAACAAGGUUCGCUGUAGAACGUCAAGCUGUUAACGAGGCUACAUUUCGUUGCCCUGAUGAACUAGGAUGGAAGCCACAGAAAGUUCCCAUUGUUCCUUCUGAUGGCACAAUUUCACAUAUACGGGAGUCUACCCUUCCUGUGGAGGAGAUUACCAAAGCCUUGGCAAGUAAAGGUUAUGAUGUAAUGACGUCUGAUGAUGCAGGAAGGUUUGUGUGCAAUUAUGUUUACUAUCAUUCCCUUCGUUUCGCGGAGCAAAACGGAAUCAAAUCCCUUUUCGUGCACGUGCCGCUUUUCUUUACAAUAAAUGAAGAAACCCAAAUGCAAUUUGCUGCUUCCUUAUUAGAGGUACUCGCUACAAUAAGUUAGUAACACCCAACUCAUGUAGUUGUUCUGUGUGGCCAAGCAAUAUGAUGCUUUUGAAAAUGUGUGUACAAACUUGAAUGAAAUGUUACAAGUUAUUGUGAUUGUCAUGAUAAUAAUAAUAAGAUAUUGUUAUGAAA